AUGACAGGUCAAUUAAUGGAACGAUUUUAUAAAAGGAAAGCACCAGAGCUGGAUAGUGGCAAUAAUGCUAGAAAUUCACGUUUGGAUGAUAUCAACUGGGAGGAGGAGAUUAAGUUUGAUCCAGGAUUAAGGAAACAAAUUGAUGAUUGUCAUCCUAAUGUUAGAGAGAGGGUGAGAAGAAAGUACUUGGAGAAUGGGCCUUGCCAACCUCGCACAGUUCAUUUUCCUGUGACAAAUAUUGGAGGAAUUCCAAGAAGAGAAAAGAAGGAUGGCAGAUAUGAAGCAUUUGUUAAAAAUGGUUGGAAUGGCUAUCAUAGAAAGGAAAGGCUACAAAAUCAUGUUGGUAAUGUCGGUGGCUCACACUAUCUGGCAAUGAAGAAAUGUGAUGAUCUCUUACAAACAAAACAUCACAUUGAUGUUGCUUUCCGUGAUAAUGAUAUUUGCAAAUUAGAAAUGGAAGAUGAAUAUAUUGAUCCAAAGAAGCGGAGGCAUAAAUCUGGAAUUACAAACAAGCAUUAUUAUCAAGUAGAUUGUUUUAAUGAUGUUAUUGAUUGGCUACUUCAAGAACUUGACAGCCACUUCAAUGAGACAGGCUCUCAAUUGCUUGUUUGCUCAGCAGCUUUUAGUCCAAGAGACUCGUUCCAUGAUUUUAGUAUAGAAAAUUUGAUGAGCCUAGCGAAUCUUUAUCCACAUGAUUUUGAUUCUGGGAAUUUGAGGGAUCUUAACCACGAGCUUGGCCUCUACAUAUAUGAUGUGAGAGACGAUGAAAGGUUCUCCAACCUACAAAUUGUUGCCAAGCUUUCUCAAACAAUGGUGAAGACUAAAAAACACGAACGUUAUCCAAUGGUUUACCUACUUUUGAAGCUUGUGCUAGUGCUACCUGUUGCUACUGCUACAGGGACAACCCAUGCUUUGAAGCUGGGCUCUGCCAGACAAGAGGACGAAACCGGCCCACAUCAGGUAGCACGCACACAAUCAAGCCCGCCUGCCAUUUCUGCCCAACCCACCAGGGCCCGAUGCACGGGACGGGACGACGAGAGUGUGAAACGGGAAAACGGCCGCGCAACCGCCGCCGCCUCCGCGUCCGCCCCCACCUCCUCGCUCGGCACGCGCCAAAACCAGCCACCGGCCGCCGCCUCCGGAGCUGCAGUCCUACGCUCCGGCUCCUCCACCUCCUCACCGCGCUUGUUGAUGACGGCGGAGCAGGAGGGGAGGGAGGUCCAGGUCCGGGCCCUCGACGGGCGAUCCACGGUCGUCAAGCUGCCCCCCGGCGGCUCCGUCCGGGACCUGAAGGCCGCGCUCCGGACCUCAUUCCUGCCGGCGCAAGUCGCCCCCAACUUCCACCUCUUCCUCAAGGGUGUUAAAUUGCGUUUAGACGCUGAGAUUGGCAGCCUUGCAAUCGUCGGCGAUGAAUUCAUUGUUCUCGUACCCUUCACAAGGAUGCCACAGCAACGUUCUUCAGUUUGCACGGCAAGUCAAGAGCAGGGCCUCAAUCCACCAAAACAACCAGAAGUGUCUUCUGCGGCUAAUUCAGCUUGGCAAGACAUUAUGGAUGACCUCUCAGCAAUGCCAACCAGCCCACAGUCUGAUGCUGCUUCCAAAGAUUUUUACUCCUCAUGUGACCCGUUCUCUGGGAGAUUUAUGGAGGAUAUGACAGCUGGUCAAAGUUCGUCAAGUGGGUCAUCAAGGAAACGGAGGAAAACUUGCAAGAGAAAUGGAAAUGGUUCCCCACAAAUGGUGUCCCCUGAAGCGAAUGGUACAGCUGAGAAACACAACAUAAGUAAGAAAAGUGGGGUGGCCAAAUCUGCUGCUAUGUCAUGUCAUGAUAUGCACCCUUUGGAACCUGCUGAAAUGGUUGAACAUCUGAAACAAGGACUUGGAAAGGAGGAGCAGAUCGUACAUAUCCAAGAGAUACCAUCUAGAGAGGCAUCAUUUACAAAUCUUCCUUGUAAUCUUUCAGAAGCUAUGAGAGAAGCGCUGAAGAGUAUUGGAAUAUCUAGACUGUAUAGCCACCAGUCUCAAGCCAUAAAGUCCUCUAUUUCUGGAAGGCACAUUGUCGUUGCAACUUCUACAUCAAGUGGAAAGUCUCUAUGUUACAAUAUUCCUGUUCUUGAAUCUCUUUCCCAAGACUCAAUGGCGUGUGCUCUGUACAUAUUUCCGACAAAGGCUUUAGCUCAAGAUCAGUUGAGGACUUUACUAGAGAUGAAGAAUGCAUCUCAUUUUGAUUUUGAUGUUAAAAUAUAUGAUGGUGAUACUCCUAGAGAAGAUCGUUUGUGGAUCAGGGAUAAUGCUCGACUGUUAAUUACCAACCCAGAUAUGUUGCAUGUGUCAAUCUUGCCGUAUCAUGGUCAAUUCCAGAGGAUUUUAUCAAAUCUCAGGUAUAUUGUCAUUGAUGAAGCACAUUCAUACAAGGGGGCAUUUGGCUGCCAUACUGCACUUAUAAUUCGGAGAUUAAAGCGUAUUUGUUCAAAUGUUUAUGGUAGUCAUCCUACAUUCAUAUUUUGUACAGCAACCUCAGCAAAUCCAUGUGAGCAUGUCAUGGAAUUGGCCAAUUUGGAUGAAGUCGAGUUGAUUCAGAAUGAUGGAAGUCCUUGUGGUUCCAAGUACUUUCUCUUGUGGAAUCCCCCACUACAUAUGACAGAAGGAAGGUCAAAAGCUAGUUCAGUACCUAGGCGCUCAAGCUCAAUAGUAGAGGUUUCAUAUCUGUUUUCCGAGAUGGUUCAACAUGGACUCCGCUGCAUUGCAUUCUGUAAAAGUAGGAAGCUAUGCGAGCUUGUACUAGCUUACACGCGUGAAAUUCUUCAGGAGACUGCAAAAGAAUUGGUAGAUUCUAUCUGUGUAUAUCGUGCUGGCUACAUUGCUGAGGACAGAAGAAAAAUCGAGGCUGAUCUUUUCGGGGGGAAACUUCGUGGAGUCGCUGCUACUAAUGCUCUUGAACUAGGAAUUGAUGUUGGACAUAUUGAUGCAACAUUACAUCUUGGAUUUCCUGGUAGUAUUGCGAGCUUAUGGCAGCAAGCUGGUAGGUCUGGAAGAAGAGCAAAACAAUCACUAGCCAUUUAUGUUGCCUUUGAGGGUCCUUUAGAUCAGUAUUUCAUGAAGUUCCCACAUAAACUAUUUGGCAGGCCGAUUGAGCAUUGCCAAGUUGAUUCACAUAAUCUAAAGGUUUUAGGACAGCACCUUGCUUGCGCUGCUUAUGAACAUCCCUUGUGCCUGCAAUAUGAUGAGCGCUACUUUGGCUCUAGUCUCGAUAGCAUAAUGACAACCCUUAAAGACAAAGGUUAUAUCAUUAAUAAUCGAGCUGGAUCUUUCUCUUCAAGCAUGUGGAACUAUAUUGGACCUGAGAAAAGCCCUUCACAGGCUGUAAGCAUACGGGCAAUUGAGCAGGACAAGUAUAAAGUGAUUGACAAGUUAAAUAAUCGAUUACUUGAGGAAAUUGAGGAAAGUAAAGCCUUUUUUCAGGUUUAUGAAGGCGCUGUUUACAUGCAUCAGGGUGUCAAUUACUUGGUUGAGGAACUUGACUUGGCAUCAAGGACAGCCUUCUGUAGGAAAGCUGAUUUGAAAUAUUACACAAAAACACGAGACUACACUGACAUCAAUGUCCUCGGAGGAGAAUUUGCUUAUCUUCCUACAAGUACAUGUAAAACUAAUCGUGUGAAGACAACUGCUCAAGCAAAUGACUGCACGGUGACUACUAAAUGGUUUGGUUUUUAUCGCAUAUCAAAAUCGAGCAAUAAAAUAUCUGACAGCCUUGAGCUUAACCUGCCCCCAUAUUCCUUUAUUUCCCAGGCUGUUUGGGUGCGAAUUCCCCACUCAGUAAAGAUGACCGUGGAGGAAAGGAAACUAGGGUUCAGAGGUGGCUCACAUGCUGCUUCGCAUGCACUCUUGAAUAUAGUGCCUCUGCAUAUGAUGUGCAGUGCUUCUGACCUAGGAACAGAAUGCGCGAAUCCUCAUGAAACCCGUGGCAUCCCGGACAGAAUCCUUUUAUAUGAUAGACGUCCAGGUGGUAUCGGCAUAGUAUCACAGGCCCAAAUGCUCUUCGGGGAACUCCUACUGGCUGCUUUAGAACUCGUUUCCACGUGCAACUGCACAAGUGCCGUUGGCUGUCCAAACUGUAUCCAAUCACUGACUUGCAGCGAAUAUAAUGAAGUUUUGGACCAGGAGGCAGCAAUUUUGAUUCUAAAGGGAGUAAUCGACUAUGAGAGAUCGUAUUUUGAAGCGGAAGAUGCUUCUCAGCGAAGCUGA